UUUGGAUCGUGGACAAUUUCGAGCGUUGACACGCUCGAAUAACAGGCUUCAUCAUUGCGAAUAUAAUUCCAAUUAUGAUGUUGGGACGGAAGCAAAGCUUGAAAGGAGAACCUGUCCUGGCAGAUUAUGGACCAGAGGAGUCACUCAACGAAAGCGCUGACAUCGAAUGGGUGAACAAACUAUGGGUGAGGAGAUUGAUGAGAUUUUGUGCAUUAGUUUCUUUAGCCUCGGUCUGCCUUAAUACCCCAAAGACAUUUGAAAAAGUACCACCACUUCAAUACGUCACCUUUAUUUGUGAUCUUGUUGUCACAUUUUUAUUUACUGCAGAAAUGAUAGCGAAAAUGCACAUUCGUGGUAUAUUGAAAAAUGAAAAAUCAUAUUUAAAAGAUCAUUGGUGUCAAUUCGACGCGAGUAUGGUAUUUUUUCUUUGGCUAUCCGUAAUUCUUCAAAUGUUCGAGAUGCUACAAUUUGUCUUAAAAUUCAGCUAUGCAUCUAUUCUGCGAGCGCCUCGGCCACUUAUAAUGAUUCGAUUCCUUCGUGUAUUUCUCAAAUUUUCAAUGCCUAAAGCCAGAAUCAAUCAAAUUUUCAAACGUUCGAGCCAACAAAUUUACAAUGUGACGCUUUUUUUCCUAUUUUUUAUGUCCCUGUACGGUCUACUUGGAGUCCAAUUCUUUGGCGAACUUAAAAAUCACUGCGUAUUAAAUACGACCGAUCCACGUCAUAUUACCAUCAACAGCCUCGCAAUUCCUGAUACGUUUUGUUCUACGGAUCCAAAAUCUGGUUAUCAAUGCCCCGAGGGCAUGAAGUGCUUAAAAUUAGAAUUAUCCAAAUACAUCAUGGGUUUUAACGGAUUUGAUGAGUUCGCAACAAGUAUAUUCACGGUGUACCAAGCCGCGUCACAAGAAGGUUGGGUUUUCAUAAUGUAUAGAGCAAUCGACAGUUUGCCAGCUUGGCGCCCUAUAUUGUACUUUAGUACAAUGAUCUUCUUUCUUGCGUGGCUAGUAAAGAAUGUAUUCAUAGCGGUUAUUACAGAGACAUUUAAUGAAAUUCGAGUUCAGUUUCAACAAAUGUGGGGCGUUCGAAGCACAAUUAGCAAUAGCUCAGCUUCUCAAAUAUUGACGGGAGAUGAAAAUGGAUGGAAAUUAGUAACCGUCGAUGAGAACAAGCACGGCGGCUUAGCUUCGCCUAUGUGUCAGGCAAUCCUACGUUCACCCCAAUUUCGUAUGGUAGUUAUGUGUGCCAUUCUUGCCAACGGUAUCACCACAGCCACCAUGAACUUUAAGCACGAUGAACGUCCUAGGCAUACUUUUUAUGAUAAAUACUACUAUGCCGAGAUCGCCUUUACCGUACUUCUCGAUCUUGAGACACUUUUCAAGAUAUGUUGUCUCGGCUUUCGCAGUUAUUAUAAACAUUCUAUACAUAAAUUUGAGCUACUUCUUGCCAUCGGUACUACUAUACAUGUCAUACCCUUUUUCUAUCUUUCUGGCUUCACUUAUUUUCAGGUUCUUCGAAUUGUUCGUUUAAUUAAAGCUUCGCCAAUGUUAGAAGACUUUGUUUAUAAAAUUUUUGGCCCCGGAAAAAAAUUGGGUAGCCUAAUCAUUUUUACAAUGUGUUUACUUGUUAUAUCCUCAAGUAUUUCAAUGCAGCUUUUUUGUUUUUUAUGCGAUUUCACUAAAUUCGAAACAUUUCCAGAGGCUUUUAUGUCUAUGUUCCAAAUCUUAACGCAAGAAGCGUGGGUGGAAGUUAUGGAUGAAACUAUGGUGCGAACACACGAAUCAAUUGCACCAUUAGUCGCUGUUUACUUCAUUCUCUACCAUCUGUUUGUUACAUUGAUUGUAUUGAGUCUUUUCGUUGCUGUAAUUCUAGAUAAUCUUGAAUUGGAUGAGGAUAUAAAGAAGCUAAAACAAUUAAAAUUUCGUGAACAAAGUGCUGAAAUUAAAGAAACGUUGCCUUUUAGAUUAAGAAUUUUUGAAAAAUUUCCAGAUAGUCCUCAAAUGACAUGUUUACACAAAGUACCUUCAGAUUUUAAUCUUCCAAAAGUAAGAGAAAGUUUUAUGAGACAAUUUGUUUAUGAAAUGGAAGACGAUGAAAAUGAAGGGAACAAGAGAAUUAAUGAAACUUUUGAUUCAAAAAUGGUAUAUCGAAAACAAUGUCCAGUUCAAAUUUUAAAUAAACCUCUGAAAGUUAGAACUGUUGAGACAAAUUUGAAGAAAGCUGCAGUUACCUACAUUAUAAAUGAUUCGAAUAAUCAACGAUUAUUGUUAGGUGAUUCUGCUAUGAUUCCAGUUCCAGGCAAAGGGCUCCUAAAACCACAAGGAGCAGUUAGUAGUACAAAACAGCUACGAAUCGACCAAAAAAAAUCAAUACGCAGAAGUGUUCGAAGUGGUUCAAUAAAAUUAAAACAAACUUAUGAACACCUCAUGGAAAAUGGUGAUAUUGGAGCUAUGAAUCGUGUGAGUUCAUCGCGUAGUAGACCCCAUGAUUUAGAUAUCAAGUUGUUACAAGCCAAGAGGCAACAAGCUGAAAUGAGAAGAAAUCAACGCGAGGAAGAUUUAAGGGAGAAUCAUCCAUUUUUCGAUACACCGCUAUUUGCAGUACCUCGAGAAAGUAAAUUUCGAAAAAUUUGUCAGUUGUUAGUAUACGCCAGAUAUGAUGCAAGAUUAAAAGAUCCAUUAACGGGGAAGGAAAGAAAAGUUAAAUAUAAAAGUUUGCAUAAUUUUCUUGGGCUUGUAACUUAUUUGGAUUGGGUGAUGAUUUGCGCAACAACCUUUUCUUGCAUCUCUAUGAUGUUCGAAACACCAAAAUAUCGUGUAAUGGAAGUCCCAGCAUUGCAAAUAGCCGAAUAUGGUUUCGUAAUUUUCAUGAGUAUUGAAUUAGCGUUAAAAAUAUUAGCUGAUGGACUAUUUUUCACCCCAAAAGCAUAUAUUAAAGAUGUUGCCUCGAUUUUAGAUGUCUUUAUUUAUGUGGUAAGUCUCGUAUUCCUGUGUUGGAUGCCACGAAGCGUAGCGCCGAAUUCUGGAGCUCAACUUUUGAUGAUAUUGCGUUGCGUUCGACCGUUGAGAAUAUUUACCUUAGUACCUCAUAUGCGCAAAGUUGUCUACGAACUUUGUCGCGGAUUUAAGGAAAUUCUUCUCGUUUCAAUUCUUCUAAUUCUUCUCAUGUUUGUUUUCGCAAGCUAUGGUGUGCAGUUAUAUGGCGGGCGUCUAGCGCGCUGUAAUGAUCCAACUAUAACAAAACGCGAAGAGUGUGUGGGUGUAUUUAUGCGUCGAGUAUUUGUUACAAAAAUGAAGCUACAACCUGGACAAAAUGAGAGCUAUCCAUCUAUUCUUGUACCACGUGUCUGGGCUAAUCCAAGACGUUUCAAUUUUGAUAAUAUCGGAGAUGCGAUCUUAGCUCUGUUUGAAGUUCUAUCUUUCAAAGGUUGGCUUGAUGUUCGUGAUGUAUUGAUUAAAGCUUUAGGGCCAGUACAUGCCAUAUAUAUACACAUCUACAUUUUUCUUGGUUGCAUGAUAGGCCUCACAUUAUUUGUAGGUGUGGUCAUUGCUAAUUAUUCUGAGAAUAAAGGAACGGCAUUGCUUACAGUCGAUCAGAGACGAUGGUGUGAUUUGAAGAAAAGAUUGAAAAUUGCUCAGCCAUUGCAUUUACCACCAAGACCUGAUGGCAAAAAAUUUCGUGCUUUCAUUUACGAUAUUACGCAAAAUAUUUAUUUCAAACGAUUUAUAGCAGUAGUGGUACUUAUCAAUAGUGCUUUACUAUGUGUUUCGUGGAGGAUUGAGGAAGAACACACGGAACCUCUAGUUAUCGUUUCUACUAUGUUUACUUUAAUAUUUUUAAUUGAAGUUAUAAUGAAAAAUAUUGCAUUUACUCCACGUGGUUAUUGGCAAUCUAGAAGAAAUCGCUACGAUCUUUUUGUUACAGUUUUAGGAGUUAUUUGGAUUGUUAUUCACGCUACAAUGAAGAACGAUGGGUCACAUAUCAUGGGUUUUGUCGUUGUUAUUUUAAGAUUUUUCACUAUCACAGGAAAACACACUACGUUAAAAAUGUUAAUGCUAACAGUUGGUGUCUCUGUAUGUAAAAGUUUCUUCAUCAUUUUUGGAAUGUUUCUUCUUGUAUUCUUUUAUGCACUAGCUGGUACAAUAAUAUUUGGAACUGUUAAAUAUGGUGAAGGCAUUGGAAGGCGAGCUAAUUUUGAAUCGCCAGUCACGGGUGUAGCGAUGCUCUUUCGAAUUGUUACGGGUGAAGAUUGGAACAAAAUCAUGCACGACUGCAUGGUACAACCGCCUUAUUGUACGCCAGCUGAUAAUUAUUGGGAAACUGAUUGUGGAAAUUUCCAUGCAUCAUUAAUUUACUUCUGUACCUUUUACGUUAUUAUUACAUAUAUAGUCCUUAAUCUCUUAGUAGCUAUUAUCAUGGAAAACUUCUCCCUUUUUUAUUCGAACGAAGAAGAUGCUUUAUUAUCGUAUGCUGAUAUCAGAAAUUUUCAAAACACUUGGAACGUUGUCGAUAUCUAUCAAAAAGGAGUAAUACCAGUGCGACGGGUCAAAUUUAUAUUGAGGCUAUUAAAAGGUCGAUUAGAAACUGAUCCGCAAAAGGAUAGACUUCUUUUUAAGUAUAUGUGUUAUGAACUUGAAAGAUUGCACAACGGAGAAGAUGUUACUUUUCAUGAUGUUAUAAAUAUGUUAUCAUAUCGAUCAGUUGACAUUAGAAAAGCAUUACAAUUAGAAGAGCUUUUAGCGCGAGAAGAAUUUGAAUAUAUAAUUGAAGAAGAAGUUGCAAAACAGACUAUAAGAACAUGGUUGGAAGGAUGUUUGAAAAAAAUACGAGCUGUUGGUAAGCAACAAAAUAGUUUAAUUGCUGGAUUAAGAGCUACGAACGAUACAACAGUAAUAUCGAUGCAGGAACAUGUAGAGGAGAAAAAAGAUACAAUAACAGAUCGCGAAGAAGAAACAGAAAAUAAGGACCUAGAAGGAUUACGACAUAGAGCUAAAAAACCAGUAGGUCUUCCAAGAUCAGAUAGUAUUGGUAGUGGUUCCGGUAGAAAAUACCUUGCUCCGACAUUAUCCGAUCCUGCAUCGAUAAGAUCAGAAAAAGAAAAAAUUGCUGCUUCUAAAAAAAGAAAUACUAGAUCAUCUCCCAUAGUUGCAAAAAAUAAUCUGCCGCAUGUAACGGCAGGCAGUGAACAACCUCGUCUAAGAGAAGUGUUUAGUACAAAAAUGUCACCACCGAAAGUUCCCAGUGUUAUGGUAGAAAUUCGUGAAUGGUGGCGAGAACAACUAGCGUAUAGUAGUGAUUCUAGUGAAGAUGAGUUUUAAAAAAUCACACUAGUAAAGUCUGUUGAAUUAAUGAAAUAUUAAAAAACCUAAUGUAU